GAACGGGUGAGAACACUGAAGUUUAGAGAGGAGCACAGAGGGCCUGCAGGGUGGGAAUUAUUAGUGAGUGAGGCAUGAAUGAGGGGGAGAGGGGGUGAGAAGGGGUGAGGAGGUCUCUCCUCUCAGGAAUUUACUCUAACUCUCAGUCUCACAGCUUUGCCUGCUUCAGUCACAGACUGAGAGAGUCCAGGAGAGACCAGAGGGACAACAUCCAGAGGAGACACUCUGUGAGGACAAGGAGAGAUACAAAGACAGACUGUGUGGGUCUAAUAAAGACAGGGACACACUGUGUAUGUGUGUGUUAGUUGGCUGUGUCUGAUAAAGACAGUCUGUGUGUGUUUGCGUGUAUGUGUGUGUGUGAGUGAGUGUGUAUGAGCUGUGUCUAAAAAUGACCAAAAGGUGUUUAGCAGCUCAGAAAGAGGACAGAGCAAAUGGACUCACCAUGUCCCCAGAAAAGGACCAGAAGAAGAAGGUGGGUCUGGGCAAGAAGGUGACUCUGCUGCGAGGCAUCUCCAUCAUCAUCGGCACCAUCAUUGGCGCCGGGAUUUUCAUCUCUCCAAAGGGCAUUCUCAAACACUCGGGCAGCAUUGGCAUGUCUCUGAUCGUCUGGAUCGCCUGCGGCGUGCUGUCACUCUUUGGUGAGUCAGAUCUGAAAAGAUGUAGAGUUUAUAUUUUACUUUGUGAGAGAAGCAGUGAAGGUGAAACAUGCCUACAAACAGAUAGAGUAAAAUAAACUACUGAGAGAAGAUAAUAUAAAAUGAUUAAAAACUAAAGUGAAGCAUCUUCUCCGAGAGAGAGGGACAAAGGCUGCUUUCUAAAAUAUGUCAAAAUAAAAGUUUAAAAUAGAGUGACAGCAAAAGCCCAGACACUGAAAAAAAGGGAUAAAUAACAGGUUUAUCUUCUUCUUACUAUCACUUUGAAUCUCUGUAUCACAGCAAAUAUAUGGACCAUGCUGUGAGUACCUGACUUCCUGCUAAUACAUAGACUCAUGGCUUACAAGAUUAAAAAACAAAGAGCAUUAAUUUUUAUUAGAUAAAGACAUUUCAAAUAACCACGACUAAAACACACUAUGACUCUAAACUCUGCCUGCUGUGCAUCCUCAUGAAAAAUAUCAGUACCUAGAGAGUCAGUCUGUACCUUCAUAUACAGGCUGCUAUUACACAAGACAUGUAUUUUAUUUGUCUUCUCUUUAAAAAAUAUGCUUCCUGCUCUAAGACUUCUGACUUCACUCCAGGAAGUCAUAAACUGUAGAAUUUGCCACAUUUGUCACAAAUGAUUCAAACUUUCUCUUUCCACCCAACUCAUUUUACAGUGUUUAUGAACAAUCUGUAUCUGCGUCAGGAUGAGAGCUCACAGAGCAGCUCUGAACAGCAGAGAGUAAAGAUGCAAUCAGUUAACGAUAAUCUCAUUCACAAUACAAUAAAACAAUGGAGCAAUCUGCACAAACUGUGUGACUACUGUGUGGUCACAGUGAGCUCACCUUUGAGUUUUUCUCUGUAUUAGGAAAAAUGAAAAAUGCUGCCAGCCAACGACUGAAAGCCGGCUUACUCUUACUCAUGUAAUUGUGUAAUUCUCAUAAUCCCAGUCAUUAUGAGGCCCUGUUGCAGACUGGAUUCUGGUCUUUAUUUGUGAAUUUCAUUUACAGUCUGCACCCCUCCCCCCUGUACAGUGUGUGAAGAGAGGAAUGAUCAGACUGAGAUCCCCUUUGAAACCACACUGUGAGCAUGUUUAUUUCUGCUCUAAAUAGGGUUUUUUGAUUUUUUUUAAUACUUGCACCAGAAAUAUGUAAAUAUUACAGUACAGUUCCCUAUAACCCGCUAUUAGUCAUACAGCUGUGACGUAUGUUCAGCCACAGCUAGCUGUCAGCAAACUAAGCAUGCUCACGUGAGUGAGGUACGGGCAAUAAAGCGCUAGGUAACCAAAACAAACCAGUAACUCUGCUCUGUGAAAACACUUCGUUUUAUUUGUGUUUUCUUUUUUUGUUGUGAUGUGAAGCACUUAGUGUCACAUUAAUGUUUAAAACUCAGUAUUUAUAAAGCCUUAUUGAAUGAUUUGCUGUCAGCCAUCAGCAUACUGUGAGGCGUGACUGUGUUUGUCAGCACAGUUUAAUCAGAGGAACAUGUCAGGAAUUAACAAACAUUACUUUGUUAUUGAAGGGUGAAACACCAACCUCCACUGACCUGAGCUGAAGUCUUUGCAUGCACAUCUGUAUAUUGUUGCAUAUAUUGUUGCAGAAGCCUUAAAUCCUUCUGUUUUUGUGCAGUUAUGAAAAGUCCAAGCACAUUAUCCUCACUGAAAUCCUUCCCUGCUCCCCUAAGUCUUUCUCCCUAAACUUGUAAUUAAAAUCCAUCCCCCUAAACCCCCCCCUCUUAAGGCUCGAAAGGCUCCCACAGUCAUAGAUCAGAUGAUGAUGGGGCCUGAAGAGGGACAGCCGAGUUUUAUAGAAGCACCUGAGCCAGUUUUACAGCCUGUGUGACUGCUGUCCUGUUUUUGAGCAAGAGAUGUAUCUGUCCCCUCUGUCCCUGCAGGAGCGCUGUGUUAUGCCGAGUUGGGCACCUGCAUUAAGAAGUCUGGAGGCCACUACACUUACAUAAUGGAAGCUUUUGGACCUCAGAUGGCCUUCAUACGGCUGUGGGCUGACCUCGUUGCCAUCAGGUAACGUCUGCAUCCUCGGCUGAUAGCAGAUGAUAGCACCAACACCAUGUAUUAUCUUAUGUUUACUGCUGAAUCCUACGACUGUAUUUUGUACUGCAUACAUAAUGGAUACUGUUUAGGCUUUAUUCAUACUUGUUGCUGACAUUAUGCUCAGUGGCAUCAAAUGGAGGUGGCAUAAAAAAUUCCUUGGCUGUGUAAAAUCUUUCUUUCUCUGAGUGUAUUUUAGAGAGUGCAGUUUAAAUAGAUCAUGCCGAUACCUCAUGCUGUAGUUUUUGGCCUGCGUAGAGCUGAGGUGAAGUAGAGAGUGUUGGUGGCUGUGUUUUCAGGCAUCCCUGGAUCAGCCCCAUGGAGAGAGCAGUAAAAUUAAGAAGAACAGAAACUGUAUUCACAGUAACUCUUUUUACAUGGGUAUGUUGAAUAACAUAGCCUGCAUACAUACAUGAAGAGCCAAGGCAGGGAGAGCAACAGCAAAGCCUCCUGAGGUGCCACACAGUGUUUAAAGGGGGAGCAGGUGUGGCAGUGGGUUGCAAAGUGGUUUAAAGAGGAAGAGUUGGCAGGCUGAAAGUGAACACAACAUUUUCACAUUUGACUGUUGGAUGGUCGAUGCUAAUUGGCUGAACUAACACUCAGUUCAGUUUUAUCAUGAGUGGGAGCACUGCUACACGUCUCCAUUAUAAAAUGCAGAGAAGUGUACACUGUUAAGUCUUCCAUCUGUCCUACGCUCAAAUGAGGCCUGCAGACUGUAGACCAGGUUUUGGCUGGUGUAUGGUGCAGAUGCCCUCAGCCUCCUCCCCACUUUUGCCCCUUACCGCACCUCAUUUUAGUGCCAAUGCACUUUAAGCGCAUAUUCACCCUUCAUUUUUAUGACAUGACAGCUGGGCUUAAAAAUGACGAGAGUAACAGGUUUAACAUGACUGACAUUUGCAGUGCGUGCCUGGAUGGAUUGUGCUGGGUGUAUGAUGGGACCCUUAGGCUUUAGGUUUACAGGUUGGACAGGUUGGAGCUGCUAGAUGUCUGCUUAAAGUCACCUUCACUAAUUCACUCAAUUAGCUGUAAAGGUGAGUUUGUGAUGUUGAAGAGAUUGUAAAAGAGUCCGUGAGUUAUUAACUUGACAUUUUUAAACCCCUCUCUGACCACCAAACGUGCACCUCCGACACCACCACCCAAAAAAACAAACAAAAAAAAAACAACAAAAAACAAACAAACAAACAAAAAAAAACACAACAAUGCCAAAAUGUAGAUUUUAAGGUUUUAAAACUGGACCAUGAGACCACACAGAGACUAUGUCCACUUUUACUGUCAGAUGCUGUUUGCAACUAGAAGAAUGACCCCUGUUGCACAUAUAUGGGAACGCAGGCUGCAGGCUUUUCAUCACUGUCUGCAGUUUAAAACUAUAGUGCGUAACAUCUAUCGGCCCCUAGAAGAUUUCUGCGUACAACAACAAUACGGCCAGCACCUCAAUAUGAUGUACGGCCCGGUGUAACCUGUACAUGGAGUAACACUCGCGACACACCGCAUACUGCUUAUCACGGUACACGGACUGUAACUGUCUACGCAACGUGUUGGCUACUAAAGUUACUCGUCACAGCACACAAACUUCCCGUAGUAAGUAACACACCACAACACAGGCUACACGCCUUGUAACUUACUGCUCAUAAGGCUAACAUUACACAAUGUGGCAAACACCAAGCUGUCAACAAUACAUUACAUUCAUAGCACCAUUUCAAAGAAAAUAAUACAGUACUCAGUCCAGUACAUGUAACAGCGACACAUCCUGCUUGUAAUGAACAGAGUUAAUAACUUAUCUAGUAUUAUCAAGGCAACAUCGGUGUCAGACCUCAGUCCAAUCUCCUCCUUCAAGUAGAAGUUAUGCACUAUAGCUUUAAAAUAAAGAAGUUAUUUUCAGUUAUGGUGCAGCGUCUGUGGAUGUAAAGACUGUUCAUUUAUACAUACAUUGUUUACAGCAUACAGGUGAAAAAAUGAAGAUAUGUGAGGUGAAUUUUGGUGUACUGGGACAGACUCCCGUGCUAUUUUAAAACUUGCUGCUUGAGACUUUGGGGACGGUUUUGUUCUGUAAACUCUGAAUUAAGCCUCUGUCACUCUGUUUUUGGGAAAUCAAUCCAGUCUGAGCUAUUUGAACAUAACGCACUGAACCAUGUUGCUGGUCCGGGCUGCAGGUCAGGCUUCUUGGUGCGUUGGCUCUGCCUCUGAACAGUUUGUCUGUGACCCUGUGAGGGUGCUGAGGUUAUUUCAGAGCAGUGAGGUGAGGAAACGCUCCAUGUGCAGCUGUGUGUGCACUCAGCCAAAGCAUAGCAGUAAAAACAGUCUGGUGGCCAUCCUGAGCCGUCCAAUCCAGGGCUGGCCUCAGGCUAGAGGAGCUGAAACCAUGGGAAAUGAAGGCCGGCAGAGGAGCAGAAUGAAAACAGAGAGCGAGAGAUAACCGAUCAGCUGCACAGGCUCUGACCACUGAGAGAAAAACCGCUAGACCUCUGGAUGAUCUGCACAACCUAUUUCUUAUAAAGCUGAUCACUGUCCACAGCUUCAGUGAGGGAUUAUACGAGGUGUUUGUGUGUCACAUACUAGAAACACACACACCAAUCUGCUGAAUAAGCACCUCAAUCUGGCUGCAAAGAGGUUUACUAAAAAUUCUCUGAACAGACUAAUCAGGGUGACUUAAUGUUUGGCUGAAGUUUUAAACUGAGCUUAGACAAAAAUAAAAGAUCAUUUACAGGAUUUUGACCCUUCAGGGUCCAGGUCUCUGGGUUCAAAACGUCCCCUCAAAAGUCUCCUCCUGCAUAAACUCAGUCUGGACGGUUUUCCUGCUGCUUCCACUCAAACAGUUAUCUGAUUGAACAUGCUGCUGUACUCCGUCACUCUAUCUAUAGUAUACAGACAGAUCAAUUCCACUCUAGUUCCUUCAAAAUAAGAGCCCUCCACUGAAUAAUAGCACACUGCAAGUUUUUUUGCAAAAAAAUUAACCUGAAAUCAUUGAAAUCAUUGAUCGGUUAUCUCUCUUCAGUUUAUCACUCCGUUCGUCAGACUGCACACACCUUCAUGGUCACAUAUUUUAUGUCGCAGCCAAGUAAAAGAAAUCCACCAAGGCCACCAAGAAACUUUCCUGUGCAUCCUAAAGGAGCCUACUGAAAAGGAUGUAUUUGCACUUCUACAACUUAUUCUAUGUUCAAAGCUGCUUCGCUCCACUUUCAGACCCUCAAAGGCAUAUUUUAGUAUUUCUGAAGUGGGGGAGUGUUUUAGCCACAAUAGCUGUUUUUUUUGUUUUUUUUUAGCUCAGCUGCUUUAUUGAGAAGCUGACAGGAAAACCUGCAUGCAAGCUAGGCUACAGCUUUCAGCAGAUGGGGCAAUUUUGCCACAUAAUUUAGAAUCUGGCCCAAACACUAAUGUUUAAGUGUACGCUCCACUGACAUAUUUUUCAACACUUUACUCUGCCAACUAUAUCUGACUUAUCUCUAACGAAAACAUGGUCCAGUAUCUUCUCUCAGUGAGCUCAAGUUUGGUUUACAGCAGCUCCAGUCUGUGUAGAUGUAAAUGCUCCACUAGCUGUUCUGUAAGAGGUGCUGAGCUGUUAUUAUAAUCCUACGUGUGUUAUUACUGUGGGUCAUUUCUUGAGUAUUACAUUAAACACAGGCUAACAGAUACAUUACGCCUGUAUUAUACAAUUAGUGAUGAUCUCAUGGCUCACCUGUGUGUGUGUUUGUGUGUGUGUGUGUGUGCGUGCAUGCGUGCAUGCAUGCGUGUGUUCCUCUCUGUGUGUCCUCUAGGCCUGCGGGGAUGGCGGUCAUCUCUCUGGCAUUCGGUCAGUACAUCCUGGAGCCGCUCUUCAUGCCCUGUGGGAUCCCUCCUAUGGCCAUCAAACUGGCUACUGCCAUCGGCAUCAGUAUGUACACCUGAACUCACCGUAAACUCAAAACAAACAAACAUGCACUUGAUUCAACAUUUAUGCAAACACUGAAGCCGUUCUCUGAUACCAACCUGAGCAUAGACUGUACAAUAAAUGGACAUAGCGUCAGUGACAUCACCUGUUUGUUUCUGAAGCAGAGCUUUAAAGCCCAUGUGUGGUGGUCGCCACAUUGGUUCGGUGACUUUCAUCAAACUACCAGGGCAGGGCCUCCUGCUCACAGCUACAGUGUAUCCCCUCUCAGUCAAGUCAGCUGUGCCUCUGAUUCGCCAAUCUUAUAACCUUUAAAGUAAACACAUAACAGCGCAGAGCUGAGUUUAAUAGAUCUGCCCUCUGUCACCGAUACCUGAUCUGUUAAACUCUGGGUCAGUAUCUAAGUUAUAUAUGCAUCUCUAGUUAUAAGGAAUGCAUAUUUUACUAUUUGACCUGCUGUACCAGCAGCUGUAGGUCUAUAAAAAACAGGAGAUAAUAACAGGUAUUGAAGUGUGAAACAGCCAGAAACAUAGAUGUCCGCUGACUGAAGUACUAAAUACAGACUGUAAAAUAAAAACGCACACUUUUACAAGCGCAGACACCACAGUGACUUAAACAUGUGUUAGAAAGUCUGAGGAGACAUUUUCUGGAGCUGUACUGUAACCUGACUGCUAACAUUUCAUCAUCUCUAUGAUAAUUCACUCCUCCCAUGAUGACACACACAGUUCAUGUAAGAGGGAGAGAGAUUGCUGAUUUGUGUGUGAAUAAUGAUGCAACAUGUGUCAGAGUUACAUGCUGCUGGCGUGCAGGUGUGUGAACAGUCUGUACUGGUUGUGGUUUUGUGAUAGUUCAUCUCUGUGACAGCCUGUGUUAACAUUCAUUGACGGGUAUUUAUUUUCAUCUGUACCCUUGUAUGAAGCUUUGUGGUUGUGGUUAAAUAAUGGUCAUGUUUCUGGCAGACAGAUCAGGCAUUGGUAAGGUUAAAAAAGUUGUUUUAACAGUUAUAGUAAUUUUGAAUCUUUGUUGUCUUUUCGUCUGGUCUGUCAAACACGAUCAGCUCAGCAUCCAACAAUCUUAGAGGGAAACAACAACAUGCUGUCAAAUUAUUUCAUAGAAUAUCAGGUUUACUAAAAAAAUAUCUCCUUUAAACUCAGCCAAGAUAAUAAUGUGCAGCCUUUAGAAAAAUCAACAAAAGAGAAAAUCAAUUUUCAAAACCAGUCACAAACCAAACAGUGACAAAGGUAACACUGCGCCCCUCUGCUAACUCAGCCUGUUACAGGAACACAGUGAACAUGUUUUGGGUGACUCACAAUGAGGAAAGACAUCAAACUAUCACAGCAUUAUUAGGGCCACCAAGGCACUGUGGAAUUUUUUUCUUAUUCCUCUUUGAACAAAUUCCGAUUCACAACUAUUCCUACAGCUUGAAGAGUUGUAGGACAAACUAUAUAUCAAAACAGCGGUUUGACCAGGAUCGGUGUGCUAUUACUUUUCUCUAUUGCAUCUGAAUGAAAAAAAAAUGUUUAAAAAAUUGUAUUAAGGUCAAUGGGACAAGCCCAAAAAAGGGCAAUUAUUGGAGUUUUUCAAACAUCUACUACUCCAGCUCUAUUUUUUGUAUUAAAAAAAAAUACUUGAUAAAUGAAUGUUUGUUGUAGGUGUGCUCCUUGUACUUGUAUAUAAUAUCACAAUGCUACUAGGAUUGAUUUUUUUUGAAAUCUCAGAAAAACCUCAUCUUGAUGUACACACUCCGGCAGUCGGCCCUGUGGCCCUUUUAAAAUUUCCCAGACGGAAUUUUCGUGUUUAGAUUUAUUGUAUUAGACAAAAAAUGGCUGAUUAUGGAGAAACAGAAAAGAGAUAAGAUAAGAGGACAUUUAUUUAUCUCUAAGGGAAAAUUUGAUAGCAUAUCCAACACGUACUGUAUAUGACAAAAGUCUGAGUAAUGACAUUGUUUUACCAUCGCUGUUUUAUCAUUUCAGGAACAGUUGUGUUCCUUGAUUGAUAAAGUUGUGAAACAGAAACAUUAUAGUGUGGUGAGUGGUCUGAACAGAUAUCUUACAUUCAUUAGCUCCUAUUCAUGACUUUGUGCGCAGUUAGAUGAUUAGCACUCUCUUCAGGAGAUGCUCUGUGUGUGGUCAGAUUACACAAUGUUUCUACCACACCAGUCAUUGUUUCAGAUAAGAUCAUAGAGACGGAUAAUCACGCUGUGACAUGACCAACAGACAUGACAGACUGCAUAAUGGUAUGAGAUCGAUUACUACCACUGACCGAAGGAAGAGGGCCAGGGCAAGACGACACCUGGAGACAUUAACACUAAGGCAGGGAGAGAAACAUGUUAUGAUGUGUUCACACCAAACACAAACACAAUGAUAUACUCGCUUAAUUUGCCUGUAUAGAUCACAUCUGCAGGAGUGCCCAAAGAAGCUGAGUAACUGCAAUAGAGGAGGGGUUCAUGUCAGUCUGUUUACAUCAAAUGUGCUUGAGGUUAGCCACUAGUGAGGAUCUGCUGUGUUUAAACAAUUUACAAUAUGAACCAACCUCCUCAGACACUUUCCUUCGAGCAAGCAAGUUUUUACACCUGCCUGAUAUUAAAAACAAGUUUGAUCCUACAGCUCAUGGAGCCACAUACAACCACAAUCACUUAACCCUAUUUUCUGACUCAAUGGGCUCUAUUUUCGUGUCCGCCGGUGAGGCGGCGGAGAGUGGCGGACCCCGCGCAGUGGUAUUUUCGUCUGGCGCAGCUGGUCUAGUGGUAUUUUGGUAGACCUGUGGCGUAUUGGCAUACGUCACCGAUGCCCCACCGGCAGGUUUCCACAAAAUACCAAAUUGUGCUUGGGAACGCCUUGUCGGCGCGGCGGACUUGACUUAUGCCGCGCCAGCGAGGCGCGAAAAUAGAGCCCCAUGUCUGCUGGUCCGGAAAAUGUCACUAUGCUGCUUAGCUAUAUGAUUUUCUUGAGUUCUGAUUUUUCAUCUCUAACGCAUUAGCGAGUGAAACGACUUGUGCGAUGCAAAAAUGUAUCAUUUGCAUGAGAAAGUUAUGUGACAAGUGAAGUGAGUGGACUGAAACUUUCCCCGCCUACUGCAGUUUGAUGAACUACUGCUCAACAUUCAUCAGCUUCACCUCCAACUUGAUAAAGUCAGAAUCAGCCAGCAUGGUUUCCUGUGCACAAAAAAGCAGAGAGUGAUCGAGAAAUCACACUGCCAUCUAGUGUUUAGGUGGAAUACUGCAGAGUGAUGCCGAAAAGCCAGAACACAAGUAUGCAAAGCUCAAGUCAGUGUGAGCCACUGCAGGGAAGAGUCAGCAAACGAGUGGAAUAGGCUCAGAUAGAUAGAAAGAAUUUUAUUGUCAUUGAGACAAGCACAACGAAAUUAAAAAGUGCCUUUACAGUCAGCGCAUUAAAGUAAAACAGUAAAACAGUAAAAACAGUGCAGAGUUAAAAUUAGUAAAAGAAUUAAAACUACAAGGUCUUCAUCUAGAAAUUCUUCAGAGCUUUUCCCACAGAAAGUCACUUUGUUUUAGCACACUCAACCACAAAUAUGCAGGACAGUUAAACUGUGAGAACAUGACAUGACUCCCCCCUCUUUAUCUCUCCUACUCCCCUUUCCCCUCCAGCCUCUGUAAUGUACCUGAACAGCAUGAGUGUGACAUGGACAGCAAGGAUCCAGAUCUUUCUGACCUGCAGUAAGCUUCUCGCCAUCGCCAUCAUCAUAGUACCUGGGAUGUACCAGUUGUUUAAAGGUGAGUGACCUUCACCAUGAUGACCUCUAGUAAACCUCUCUGAGAGCCUAACCACAGCCUGAGCCUGAGCCUGGGGAGUCAGCGCUGUGUUCAGGAACACUGCGUGACUUCACACUGAGCCAUCAGCUGAAACAAUGAACAUGGUGUGUUCAGUCUUACACAAUGUGGUGUGCUGUAAAUAUGACCUCGAGGCCUUACAGAUGAAGAUACACAGCUGCUCUCAAGAACACUCAGCACACACAUUUGUAACGUCCCAUCAGCAGGUGACACAAAGACAAACACACACACUCUUCUGAUGACCACGCUCCAUAGGUGAUAAUACAUGUGUCUGAUAGUGUCUAAUACUCUUUUUAAUAUGUUAUUUAACAGCCAUUACCUACUAGAUAUCAAUUAACUCCAAAUUUUUCAUCCUUCAUUAUUCACAUUUGUCUUCUUUCACAACAGUUUAAACCAAACCACUUCCAGAUUCAGGGCUUUAUUUUUGUGGUCUGAUUAGAUUAAAUCUGUAGGACUGGUUCAAAUAUGGGGAAUGGGUUGUCAAAAUAAUAAUGAUAAAAAGGAGUCUUCAGGCGGAUAACAUCUGGUAUUACAGUCUUUAUUUUCACCUGAAUAAAAUCUUUGCCCUGUGUUGUGUUUUUGGGAUGACUUGGUUAAAAAAAUAUCAGGAUUUGUUGUGUUGAUCACUGCGAAGUUUCAACGUGUAUCAAAAAUACUUGUUCUCAGUUACCGCCAGAUCUCAGCUGACUUUCAUUCCUGUGAGGCCAACUUUGCCCCAACGGUCAGCUAAUUUAAUUUAAAAAAAUAAUUAUAUCGUCUCAACCCGAUUGAAUCAGGGCUUUUUAAAACCAUGUUAACAUGUUAGUCUGAUUGAAACUGCACUGAAAUCAAACUUGGUUUGACUAACAUACCUGGAUAAUGCGGUUGGGAAUCGAUUCUCUCUGCCAUGUGUACGGCUCAAUUGAACUGAAACUAGCCUAAACAUUUUGCAAAUGCUCCAGUCUCUGAGCCGCUGGUUUAAUAGCAUAGAUUCAUUGCCUGUAAAUUUGGAUAAGGACAGCAGUCCACUUAAAUUUCCGAAUCAAGCUGGAACUAUGGAAACAUACUGGAUUGCCUAUACCAUUCCAUGCAUACAAAUGCAAAUGUUGCAAACAAUACCUGCACAAAGAGAUACAAUUUUCUCUGCAGCAGUUUGUGGUGUGUUUUGUCCUUUGUGUGUGCUUCAUGAAUUACACAGUGUGUUUGGCUCAUUUGAACAAGAUUAGCUGCACAGUCUUGAGGGAGAAAUAAUUUCUAAAGCUGCCGCACAAGAGCCCGUUUCUCCAAAUGCUAAGUCUAAAUGCUGCUCCAUUGCUUGCUUUUAUUGUUAACACUACUUUGAUUUUUAUUCCUGUAUUAUUAUUAAAGCAUAUCAGUCCCUGCUACAGUGCUCCCUCUAUGUUUAGGACCAGAUACAGGAACGCAGACAGUUGUCAUUGUACAUGUACAUGUUUGUGUGUCUAGGUGAGACUGGGAAUUUUGAGAAUGCCUUUGACCUGAGCGGUGUGGAGCUGUCUGGGAUGCCUUUGGCCUUCUACUCAGGGAUGUAUGCUUACGCUGGGUGGUAGGUAUGGUCCUUACAAACAUACAUGUGAACACCCACACUCAUAUUCACAUAUGUACAUCCAUUUAACAAACUCUUACGAUCGUCAGCCCAGCUCUGUAUUAACACACAUGGAUUACCUUGGGUGUUCAUGAAUACUCGGGUCUUUCUGCAGGUUUUAUCUGAACUUUGUGACAGAGGAGGUGGAGAGGCCCGAACGGUGAGUUUUAUCUCUGUGUUUGUUUUGCUCAUAUUUACACUGUGAAUUUAAAACAUGAAAUAAAAUAUGGUCUCAUGGCAGAUACUACAGUUUAUACCCAGAAUCUUAUUAUUAUGUUUCAACCGCUGCAGUGGCAAACAAUUGACUCUUUAUAAUCAGUUGGGUCCACAUUUAAAGCUUCUUUAUAUCUUGACUUGUCAGGACAGUGUGGCUUAUUAAGAUUGUUUGAAAAAGAAAAAAAAAGAAUGCUUCUCUAAUAUUUAUUAUAUAAUAUUUAAUUGACCCUCCAAGGUUUCACACUGAGGUUUGGUUCUUGUUUGUGCAGCACAAUGUGAUUUGAAUUACCCCCUGAAAUCUGUCAGCUCAGUGUAUUUCUAGUGUGAGAGCCUCCCAUCCUUUCCUGAGCAGAAAAAAAACUGAAUAAAGGAGAGGCAGAGCUUAUACAUGAAGGUCAAAUAGAGGUGAGUUAAACAGGUGAAUGACAGUGUCUCUGUUAUUACCUCUACUGCCCUCAGGACUGUGCCGUUAGCCAUCUGUAUCUCCAUGGGGAUUGUGACUUCCUGCUACGUGCUAACCAACGUGGCGUACUACACGGUCAUGUCAGCCGAGGAGCUCCUCGCCUCAGAAGCCGUCGCUGUGGUAAGAGAAACUUUUAAACCAAGAAAGAGAGGACCUGAAAUAUGACUUUUUGGGGGUUUUUUUGUAAUACAAACAUUCAAAAGUCUCUGUCAUAGUUAAAGCUCCACUCAGUAUAAUUUUGCUGCGUAGAUUCCUGACACCAAAACAAAUAAAAGAAAUAAAAUCAUUAAAGGUCAACUUUAAAAUAUUGUCCAAGUCAAAUCCAUUUAGAGUCAGGGAACUGUGUAACUGAAAUCUCUGUAUAAAAGGGACAAGGACCAAAACCAAGACUGGAUAGUCCUGAUCUUCAGGCUCUCAGGCAGCACUUCAUUCAAAACAGACGGACUCUGUCGUGGAAAUCACUGCAUGGGCUAAAAAAAACACUUCCAAAAACAACAGUCUGUAAGCAUCCAUAAAUCAAGGUUAAAACAGAACCAUGCGAAGAGGAAACCAGACAUGAACAUGAUGUAAAAACAAAGACUUUAACCUGAGUCCUAUCUUUUUGGAAAUUCGUGGAUGCUGUAUCCUUAAUUUUAAACAGUAGAGGGACCACUCAGCUUGUUUUUACCUCUCAGUUCAAAUCCAGCAUCCCUGAUGGUAUGGGGAUCAUCAGAGUCCAUGUCAUGGGUAUCUUUCACAUCUGUAAAGGCUCCAUUAAAUAUCUACAGGUUUAGGAGUAACAUCUGCUGCCAUCCAGACAAUGACUUUUUCAGGGAAGACCUUCAUAUUUCAGCAAGACAAUGACAAACCACAGUCUGCAUUAUUACAACAGCAUGGCUCUGUAGUAGAAGAGUCCUGCUGAUAAACUGGUCUGACUGCAAUCCUGACUUGUCAAUCAAGAAAAACAUUUGAAGUAUCAUGACAAAAAAAGGAGACCCUGUGAUGUUUGCUAGUCUGUGAAUGAGGCCUGAUCUCAGCGCUACAGAGAUCCUCUCAUACUUUGAUUUCUCACUGUUUUGCUGAGUCAAACACAAACGGUUCUUCUCUCUAUCUUGAUCAAUAAUGGACGGUGAAAAACAUUAUUUUGUCCUAGUACACAACCUUAUAUUUCUACAAACCCUCUGCCUGUAAAUGGAUCACUGAUACCUGUUUCACUUACAGUAGAAAUGUGAGGUCAUGUAUAUGAGGUGCUAUUAGCGAUGUUCACUCCUGAUUUUAGCCCCCCUGUUGGCUUCCUGCUCCUAACACGUCAUUAUUAGCCGGGUGUCUCUGUCAGCCGGCCUUCCCAGCAGCUGUUAAUGUGAUUGUUGGGGCUCAGCUCUGUUAAUGCUAAUCACAUCAAAACCAGCCUCUAAUAACACAGGGCUGAGUAUCAGACAGAGGGCUGCCAUCACAGAGACGCUUCACUCUGAGAUGUGCUCUUUUCUAACACAGUUAGUGUUAUUGGCCAGUGUAGGAUGAGUGAUAGCAGCGCCUUAAGAAAUGUGUUAAAGGUGCUAAUAGCAUUAUGUCUUCUUAGAAAGCUGUGAUGGAAUAAAGACUUUCUCCGGUCUUCCUCUCUCACAGAGUGAUGAUAAAGUUUACAACUCAAACUUCAUUACAGACUUUAACUCAUGUCCAGGUCUCGUCUGGAGGAGGCCGGCCUGAGGACACAGAGAGUAAUGUGAGAUGGUUAAAUUACAGGUAUGCUUCCUUGAUGUUAGAGUGUAAGGAGUGAUGGAUGGAAAAGGAUGAGCGUUUAAACUGUGUACUUAUCAUUGUUAGUUUGAAAAGUCAUCAGACUGUAAUGUUAAACCAUGAACUGCUUUGUAAAGAGGGCCAAAGAGAGGGGAUGAUGUGAACUUCUUUAGGUGAAGGUGUGUAAGAGACCGCAAGCUGUUUCAAACUGUCAGGAGAGUCAAAGAUACAGGAGAGGAGAAUUAAGACCAGAACUUUUGUAUAUGAGCUGAUUCCAAUGAAGCUGGAGCAAACUGAGUCUUAAAUUAAGUUCAACUGUGUUGGUCCCCAUAUAAGAAGGAGGCUAAAGGUGUGGAGGCGGGCCUUAAGCUGCCUUACAAAUAGUGUGCCCAACUCUGAUAGGUCAGCCAUGCUUUUGAUUGGCCAUUCUCAUAACCUGAAUAUCUCUAAAACAAUUGUGUUAAUAAUGAUGAUAAACAUACUACUACUACUACUACUACUACUACUACUACUACUACUACUACUACUACUAAUAAUAAUAAUAAUAAUAAUAAUAAUAAUAAUAACAACAACAUUAAUAAAGUAGCUCUCUGUGCCGAAGGGGCUGUGGAAUCCCUGAACUAAUUGGACCCAAACCGUUUUAUUAGCAAUGAGAAACAGGCUGCAAAUGAAAAGAACACACUGUAAAACACCAAAUCAGCUGCAUGAACAUCAAAAGAGUUGCAAAUACACUAAUGGCAAAAUGCAGAAAAGCAGAAAGCAGCUGUGAAUCAAGAUAAAAUAUAUCAAAUGAUAUCAAAUAAUGCUACCUUUCCACAUAAACAAGUUUAAUGUGUACUCUUCUUCACUGUUCCAUAAAUAACAAAGUCAUGUAAACCAGCACCCCCACAGGCCUAGAGUACCUUCAUGUAUUUGUUGGUUUUAUUUGUUCUGCAUCUGCUGUUGUGUGUUUUUUGCUUUGUGUAAUUUGUGUACUUGCAGUGCUUUUGCUGUUUAUGCAGCUGUUUUGACUUUUUGCGGCACUUUUUUUUUUUUUUUUGCAGUAUUUCGACUGUUGUGUUUGUUUUUGGUUUUUGCAUGUGCUAUUUAAGUUGUGUUUUUUCUGCAUUUGUUGUGCAUUUAAAGAUUGUUUGGACACUUGCCUGUCAGCCACAUGUUUAAUUUAAAGCAUGAUUUAUGUACAGGAGAUACGCCUGCUUUUGAAGAGAGGCAAAUGAGAUGGGCCCCUUUGAGUAUAAACAUUCAGAGCAGUUAAAGCAGGGGCAAAAACUGAAAAACCUCAUUACAACUUCAUGUCCACCUGUCAGUGUUAAUGUUAUACUAAGAGAACCAGGCUCACCAAGGCAACAAUUAAAACACAAUGACUGUUCCUCUGUCUGAUGAUGGAGGCCUUUUUGUGGACAUGAACCUUAUCAUGUCUGCACACAGUAUCAUCUGUAUUGUUUCCAGCUCAUACAAAUCCUUGGUUUUCAGGUGUAAUCCUGUUUGAGUAGGUGUAAUGAAUGAAACUCAGCUUCAUGUCUGAUAAUUUCUUUCUAUAAUCUCAUAAGAACAUUAAACAUCUCAAACCAAAUCCUAAUAUUAUUGCAUCAUUAAAGAGGGGGGCCGUAAUAUAACAUUAAAUGACAUCACCUUUGUUGUAAACACACAUGUAAAAGAUAAAUCCUUUUACAGUCCGCUCAUACAUGGAUUGUGGACGGUGACUAAUCAGCUCUGAACGGCUCCAUGAAUAAUAAUCAGCUAUUCUCCCACUUGCAUGUGACCCAUUUAUGACAAUUACAGCGAGAAGUCCAGCCAGUUGCUCCACAUCUAACCCUAACUUCAUGAAAAAGACUAAACCAGUUCAGUAAAGCGAGGACUGGAAACUUUGAAACAUGUUUGCGGAACCUGCUGCUCUUCACAAACAGGUUUUGAUCAGGUUUGACUCCAGACUAGUCAGACUGACUUUCAGCUCAGACACUGUAAGAUCCCCUCUGACUUUAUCUUCAAGUGAUUUGAUGUAGUUUGUUUCGUUUGUGGCUGAAGAAUGUGUUGUACUAAUACUGGACCAGUCUGAGUUUGGUGCAUCACCAGCAAUUAUGGUCUCUAGCAUUUAUUUAUUUACUCCUUUAUUUAUUAUCCCUAUUCGUUAUUACCAUACUAUUAGAAAUACAAAUAUUUACAAAACAAAACAGAACAGAUUUUUAUUCAGGGACUGACAAAAAAGUUGUGGGUCAAAACUGUAAAAUAUAUCAAUCCUCUCAUGAAAUGUCACACAUAACUCAAACAGAUGAUUGCAUUACUAAUUGUGAUUGUUUGAACUGGUUUAACUAGUUAUUUUAGUUAAAUGUAGCAAUAACGAUUGUGCAAUAAUGACAGUGAAUCAGUGCCACCUGCUGUUAUGCAAAUGAGAUAGACAACAGGUGGAUAGAUGAGACAAAUAGCAUGAUGUUUUACAAUUGGUGGUCUCAGAUCGUUUUCCUCUUCUCAUCCUUUCUGGAUGAUUCUUGGCAAGUUUUGAAUUUUUUCUGCGCUCUCACCACUAUUGAUUACAUAAGGGUUGGAUUUGCAGCCCACAGAAGUUGCUCAGGUAGUGCAACUCCAUCACACUCCCCUCAUCCAGCAGUGUAGAGCCAGAUGUGCAGCUUUGUCUUUAACUGGAUCUUUGGUAGAUCUUGUUUUGAAGUGCUGAAGCCGUUUGCCAUCCAGUGAUUAAAGUGUGAUAAAACAAAAGGAAAGAUUUUCUUAGUUAACUUCUUUAAGUCACAUGUGAGGUUUGUUCCUUCGUGUGCCUCCUUAAAUUGGUUAUAUCUUAGUAAAUGGAGUUACUGUGUCUCUAUCUCUAUGUAUCAGAGAUUGUAAAGACAUGAUUGAGAGACGAUAAAGAGAUGAUACAGAGGUUUUAGUGGAGGCAGCUUUCAGUCACAUUUCAAGUCAAAUCUCCAAAACAACAAUUUGGACACAUUUUGGUCCAAUCUGUGAAAUUUUAGAUCCAGUACAAAGCAAACAGUAAAACUUCUUCAAUAGUAAAAGUUUUUGACAUAUUCUUAACUCUUCACCCUGAGAGGCCAAAUCAGUAAUCAGUGUGUAAACCUCUAAAGCAGACAGCAUGAUGUCAAAAGAAAGAUGUCUCCAGCUCUGCCAUAUGUCCUCAUUUAUCUUGCAUCAUUUAUUCUUCCUCCCUCACUCCUCUGUCUGGUUUUAUUUUCUUGUUGGCUGUAGACGUUUGCAGAGAAGCUGUUGGGAAAAUUCUCCAUUGCUGUGCCGGUGUUUGUAGCUUUGUCCUGUUAUGGCUCCAUGAACGGCUGCCUCUUCGCUUUGUCAAGGUACCUUGAAUACUUCCUCUAUCCUAGCCAUCACAUUGACAGCAUGAAGAAAUAUGAAUAUAUUUUAAGGGAAACCUUCAGCACAGCAUCAUACUGUUGGUUUAUUUAACUGCGCAAUGCAAGACAUGGCAAAUAAUAAAGCAGACAGACAAAUAAAGAGCAUGGACAUCACUCUACUGGGAUGGACAUUUUAUAGCAACUUAGUUUUUACCUUGUUAUAUUGUAAACUUUGACAAAGGAGCCAAUUUUGGGGCUUGUUGUUUUAUAAGGGGCAGGUUGUAUUGAAUAACUUAUUCAUUUGUGAUCCAAAACAAUAUUACCAUUAUUUUCAUGUUGUAACAAAACCAGAAACGAGAUAACCCAAAAUCAGAGCACAUUUGUCCUGUUUUUUCAUCUGUGGUCUUUCAUUUUCUCCUUUUACCAUUUCAAAUUCUUCUUUUGCCAUUUUCAACUAAAAAAAGGCAUGUGGCUAAUCUCUUUUUUUAAUACUCCUCUUAUUAUUUCUCAGUUACAGCAGGUAGAGGAGCUUUACCUGACUUUAAAUUCCAUCAUUUCUAUAUUCCCACAACCUUUCAGAUUUCCCAUCUGCCGUGGAAAACUUGAUAGUCAGGCUACUUUAGCCAAAUGACAACAGUUUUAACCUUUUUUUUUCUCUCUCCGUUUUAAAGUAGAGAAGAAAGAUGUAAAACAGGCAAUAGUGUUUUGGUUUAUUUGAUUCAGGCCAUAAAACAGUUACCCUGUUUCUGGUUUUUGGACAGCAAGGAGGAGGUGGAACUGUUUGUCUACAAAGAGGAAUACUGAAAAAGAUGCUGUAAAAAUGUCAGUCUCUGCAGUACAGUAGUCAGUUGUAACAGAAUUCAGCGCACAGGAUGACUUGGACUGAUGAUUAUUAAGUCAUGACCAGAGGCAGCGGUGGACAUGAUAGGCAGACAUGAUGAAUGUCAGAGAGUUACCCAAAACCUUGAAGGGUCAUCUCUACUAGUUACAGUAGUACAAUUACAGUAUGUCCAAAGUCACCAUUGAAAGCACUUCAAUAAAGUGAGAACAAGGAUGUCAGAAUCCCACCUUGAAAUGCAAGUUUGUGAGUACCUUUACAGGAACAGUUGAAGAGCAAGCUGUGCUGAUUAAAAACAAAGACAUGAGACAAGGAAAUGUUAUUUUGUUGGACAUUUUGUGAGUGAUUAGGCCCUAAAGACACCAGCCAAAGGAGCUAACUUGGUUAUACUCUUCAUGUUGUGUCUCUGCUGUCCAACAGCUCUCACAAAGAAACUGUUUAAACUCACAAAAUCACAAAAACUGAUAUUUUGCCAAGUUACUUCAUGAUAUCAUUGAGAUGAGGCAGUCAAUCAGUCAAUCAGGUUUGAUGCAUAUUGUAUCAUAGAGUCAUUGCUGUUACCCAGACUGUACAGAUACAGUGAUGUAUAAUUUAGAGUGGUGAUACAAAUAAUAAUGGAGAGUGUUUCAUCAGGUCACCUCCUCUGUUUGGAAUUUUUUUUUACCUCUAAAAGGGAGUUAUUUUUAAAAGAUAUUAAACAAAGUUUAGUCUGUGUUUACUCAGAAAACAAUAACCUGCUCUCAAGCAGAUCAUCCGUAUAAAGUCAGUGUGUGUGUGUGUGUGUGUGUGUGUGUGUGUGUCUACAGGAUGUUCUUCGUGGCGUCUCGUGAAGGUCAACUCCCGGAGGUUUUGUCAAUGGUUCACAUCCGCAGACACACCCCUCUGGCAGCUGUCCUCAUACUGGUCAGUUCACUGUGCAGGCAACAGGAUCUGUUUAAAACCAUUUCUCAUCACAACACAGACUUUUAUACUCACUGAGGGAACAUCUACAUGUGUAUAAAGAUAUGAUAAACACUGAUUCUUUCUUUGGGGCUGAUUCCAGUGAUGAGUUUUUGAACACUUUUCUGUCUCCAUGACAACACAGGAACAGUUUGAAACAUUCACAUAGGCAUGCUGAACUUCAUGAGCUUCCUUGUGAAUGCGCAAUGAAACUGAACGGAAGCUACAACAACAGCUUUGGAAACUGGACUUCAAUUUUGAUACCUGUGUGUGUGUGUGUGUGUGUGUGUGUUGUGCGCAGUACCCCAUGACCAUGCUCCAGCUGUUUGUUGGAGACAUCUACGGUCUGCUGAACUUCAUGAGCUUCCUGCGCUGGCUCUUUAUUGGUGUGGUGGUCCUGGGCCUGAUUUACCUACGCUACACCAAACCUGAUCUACCCCGCCCCUUUAAGGUGCGCCUUGUGCACACUUGUGCACGACUCAUCUGGUUCUUGAGGCUCUGUUUACCCUUUGUUAAUGCACGUUUCUGCAUCUUUGUCAUAUACGGUGUGUGCUGAUGGUAAUGCUUCAUCCUGAUUGGUCCUCAGGUGCCGCUCUUCAUCCCUGUGGUGUUCUGCUUCACCUGUUUCUUCAUGGUCUUCCUGUCUCUGUACUCCGACCCCAUCAACACAGGGAUCGGGUUUGCCAUUUCCCUCACUGGGAUCCCUGCCUACUACGUCUUUAUCUACUUCACGGACAGGCCAAAGUGGUGUCAGAGGGCACUGGGUGAGUCCUAAAAACUGAUCUUUAUUACAGCAAUGGGGACUCACAGUCAGCUGAUUACAUUACCUUUAUAGUUGAAAUGUACACAUUUAACAUGAGGAACCCUGAACUUGACUCAGUGAGGAUGUUGGUGGCGUAUAAAGUGCAAUAAGCAGUGAACACAAUGCCUCACAAAGGUAUGAUUUAUACUACAUUAUACCCUUUGAAUCCUAGAUUUCAUAACUUCAUAACUUUACAAACCCCACAACUUUACCCAGUUAUGAAGAUUCAGAGAGAACUCGUUCAUUGUGUCUGAAGAAGUUAUAAUUCCCUUGACUUUUAGAUGGAGGCAGUAACAGAACAUAAUAUAAGAGUUUAAACAGACUCUUGAAACUUUGACCUUUUUUUUGCAGGAACAGUAGCAGUUUUUAAUAUUUCUUUGUUCUACAUAAGAAACCUUCAAACUGAAGCAAUGCACAAUGCAAUACAACAGCAAUGCUAAUGAGACAUUGCAAAUAUUAUCUCUGUUGUACGCAUGAAGGUCAGAGUUUGCAAAGCUCUGUAGUUUUAAAGCUUUGUUAACGUCUGUAAGCCCAUAACACUGUUCUGUUUACAACACACACUCUCAUUACGCACAGCAUGAAAAAUGUAAUAAAAACAUUAAUAUGUAUCACGAGAUAUAAUUUCCUUUCGCUUCUGUUUUGUUUCUUCAGAUUCUUUCAACAGAAACCUGCAGAUCCUGCUGGAGGUCGUCCCUGCUGAACAAUAACCUGCUGACAGUUUAAUGAAAAUUUUACAUGUUUGAGAUUUCUCUGAGUUUUUUGUUUUGUUUUGUUUUGUUUUUUUUAAUGUUUUAUUAAAAUAUGAAACUUUCUGUUGUAAAAGGUUGAAGUGAUUUUAUACCUCAGUGUUUCCCUGAGUAUCACAAUGAUGUACUGAUCAGUCAACACUCAGCUGAUCUCUGCUUUAUGUUAAACAGCCCACACACACGCACACACUCUGACUGACUGUGGUUGAAGUGUCUCAGGAAAACAGCAGUUACACCUCGGUCAGUCGCUGACUCAGAUGUUUCACCAAUUUGUCUGACUGUGCUGUAACACUGAUAACACAGACAUAUGUUUGUAAGAAGUCCCACACAUGCAAACAGAACUGGUCAUCAGUGUGGUCACCUGCUGAGACAUCUGUUUUCAACGAGAGGCAACUAAGACAAAUUAUGACAUAUGAAAUAAACCCCCUGUAAGACACCUGAAAGCUGCAAGUCUCACAGAGAGUGGACAAGAUAGAGCUCAAUCUUAGUUCUGUUUUUCCUCACCUCUUUCCUCCUUCCCUCCCUGAGCUUCUCUUCUUCUCCUGCGGUUCCAUGGACGAACACAUGGGGGUGCUGCCGUGCUUCACAACACUGCUGGAUACUUCCUCUAAAACAAUGGUUGAAAGCAGCGGACCUGUUUUAGCAUGGAGCUCCACAGCCUGAAAUAACAUCUGAACAGGAAAAAGAAAGGAUAUUACUAAGGAAUAAAGAAAGAUUCAGAGGACACGAGCUUUUACUUGGAUGGAAAAAUCAGAAGUAGGAGGAGGAAGGGAUGAGAAAAAUAGACUAAUAUUUUAAAAUGGACUACAGGACACUGACCCUGACCUCUGUGAAUGAUCAAGCGAGGGAAAAAUGGAAAUCUGUGUCAAUGAGAUUUUUGGACAGUAAAGAAAUGAGAUUGAAACAGAGUUUUUGAGGCAGGAAGCUCCUCUCCAUCAGACAAUAGAGGAAGGUUUUACUAACUGAAUACUGCACCUCUUUAAAACUGCCUCCUGUUUUUGACAAUCCAGGACAGGAAACCUUCCACAGAUUGAUUCUUUCAGUUCAAGGAUGGAAACACUGGCAGAGGAAGGCUUUUCUCUUCAGUUUCUCCUGCCUAAUGGCCUUAUUUAACCUGAGCUUUUGUGUCAGUAAGGCUGCAGAAUAAAGACUAAAUCUUUACUAACUCAACUACAUCCACUCAUGGCUCAAACAUAUCUGAUAUUCCAGUUUAGCCUCACAUAAUUUGGUUUUAGAAUGUCGAAUUCAUCUUCUUAGAGGAUGGUUUGUGGUUUUACAUGGUUGGCUUUAAAGCUUGGCCAUAUAAAAAUGCAAACUAGUGUCCGUUGUGUAACCCCAGUGGUUAUUAUUAUUAUUUUUCUAACUCAGGCAAGAAAUUUUUGUGUCAUGACAGACUGUUUGAUAACAUUUCACAAUCUUAUUACCCAUCGAUGAUCAUCCUUCGCUAUUUAUAACCUUGAGGACAACAAGUGCUCUGUUCUAUGCUGCAGUCUGCUGGGGAGGAAGUAUCAAACAUAAAGAUGCAAGACGUCUAAAUAAACUGGUGAAAAAGGCUGGCUCUGUGGUAGGACUCAAGCUGAACUCAGUGGAGGAUGUGGUGGAGAGAUCUACACUGAGGAAGGUGGAGUCUAUUCUAAAGAACAUGGAUCACCCACUUCACAAAACCUUGAUGGACCAAAGGGCCAAUGGUGGUGGACGGCUCCUCUCUCUUCGCUGCAGGACAGAAAGAUUCAGAAGAUCUUUUGUACCAACAGCCAUCAGACUUUACAACUCUUCUGUAAAUAGUAGAUCACUUUUAGUGACAUGACAAAUGAGAUGACAGACAUUUGAAUUUCCCUUCAGGGAUAAAUAAAGUCCUUCUUAUUUUAUCUUAUCUUUCUCAGAAAAUCUGAUGCAGCUGGUGGUUUAAAAAAAGAGCCUACCAGUCAUAAAAUCUUUGUUCUAUGUUUGCAUGUCAGCUCGUGUUAUUAAACAAUUGAAAAUUCACA